GAUGCCUUUUCAGAGUCUCAGCUGCCAUCUGAUAUAGGUUCUAAAGUGAAGCCCGAGCCUGGAACAGAACACUAUGAUGAAAAUCCACACUCAUCCGUCUCUGAGCAAUUCCAAUAUUCUGAUACGCAGAAUCAGUUAACAAAAAAUUCUAUGGAAGACCAUUGUAGAAGUUCUCAGUUCCUUUCACACCCGUCUUAUUCGCAUGAUAUCUGUUCAUCUAUAGCUCAAACUUCUGAGCACAUGCAACAAUUUUCGCAUUCGCAUCAAUUUUCUCCUAAUUCUCAAAGUGGUUUUAGUGGUUUUUCUGGUAGUGUUCAAUUAGAUUCAACACUGCAUGAUUUGUCACAUCCCAAGACUCAUGAUGGGUCUCAUAUGGCUGGGAAACUUCUUCAGGAUCAAAUUGUGCCUGAGGAGUUUUGUCAGAGAAUACCGGGGCAGGAUGUAGCUGAGCGAAAUAAUCUAUCCUCAGAGGAAUCAAUCAUUGGUGAACCCGAUGAUUCCAAGACAGCAGAACCUCCAAAUGUCAGUGGUGCUGGGUGCAGAUCUGGUAACCUUAAUCGUGAACUACAGUUCAAGAAUCAACAGAAAUGGCUGUUGCUUUUGAGGCAUGCUCGUCGAUGUCCCGCUUCAGAAGGGAAAUGUGAUCCUAAUUGCGUAAAUGUUCAGAAACUGUUGAAGCAUAUGGAACAAUGCAGUGUAUUUCAAUGUCCAUAUACUCGCUGUCGUGCUACAAAAGUUCUGGUUAAUCAUCACAGGCAUUGUAGGGAUACAAGUUGCCCGGUUUGCAUUCCUGUAAAAAAUUAUGUGAGGUCAUAUCUAAAGGCAUAUGGUCGCCCUGAUCUGGUUUCUGGUCUGCCAAGUUCAGUUAAUGGAUCUUGUAAGUCCUAUAAUACCAGUGAAAUUAUGGGUAUGUCGACACGCAAUAGGAGUCCAGCUAUUGCCGAAACUCCAGAAGAUUUACAGCCUAAUUUUAAACGCCUAAAGAUGGAACAAGCCUCCCAACCUCUUGUGUCUGAGAGUGAGAGUUCUGCUAUACCAGUUCCGAGCAUAAAUGAACCUCAUUCCCUCGAGGAUGCGCAGCAUAUUGAACAUGUUAAUCCUCGUGUGACAAUGGAACCGGAAGUUCCCAAAGUAGAGAUGGAAAUUCCUGUAAGUAAACACGGAAGUCCUGAAAGUGUUGAGAUGAAAAAUGAAAAUAUGGAUGAUACCCACCUCCAGGAUACUGAAGACUCUAGUAUCAAAUCGGAGAAUUCUGUUGUAAUGAAGGAUCUGGAGGCCAUUAAGAUUGAGAAGGAAUUGGACCAGGGUAAACAAGAAAAUACGUCUCUACCUUCCGAAAACGCCUCCAAGUCUGGGAAGCCAAACAUAAAGGGAGUGUCACUGACAGAAUUGUUUACUCCUGAGCAAGUCCGGGAGCACAUUGUAGGUCUUAGACAGUGGGUUGGCCAGGUAAGUUGGUAGAAA